AGGUCAUGGAGGACGUUCAGAUGACAGAUGUGUCAGAAUCACCUACUCGUAUGACCACUCGAGGUCAAAGGAUUAAUUAUGCUGAACUGAACAAUUCUAGCACCGCUAACCAAUACAGCGAAUCAGCAGAAACAAGUGCAAGUGAUAGCGUUUUUCGCUCUCCUACAGCUAGCACUCGCGGCAGAAAACGUAGAACCACACACGAAGAUGCGUCUUCAAUCACAUCAUGGAGUGUGCCAAAACGUGGACGACCGCGUGGUACAGGUGUAACUCGUGGUGCACGAGGUGGCGGCGUGAGGAGGUCUAUUUUUGGAGAACAACAGACAGGAUCUGCAGCAGCCGAGAUAGAAGAGACGGGAUUGUUUGGUGCUGUUAAGACUGGAAGAAACUUGGAGCAAACUAUUGACGAAUGGAUUGAAGAAUAUGAAAGGAAUCCGGAUGCUGCUCUUGUAAAGCUGCAGCAGUUCUUCAUUUCAUGCUGUGGAUGCAAGGGUGUAAUCAAUGCUCACAUGCUGAACACCAUGGAGUACAGUGACAUUAUACGACGUAUGACGGAAGAUUUUGAUGAAGAUUCUGGUGAUUAUCCGCUUAUCCUUACUGGAACGCAGUGGAAGAAGUUCCGGAAUAACCUACAUUCCAUGCUAUACGUAUGGAUCGACAAAUGCAAAUCUUCACUGAUUUUUGACCAGCGUAUGAUGGACAGCGUAAUACAACUACUCACUGGCCUUGCAGACAGUCAGGUUCGAGCUUUCAGGCACACAGCGACAUUUGCAGCUAUGAAGAUCUCAUCCGCUUUGGUUGAUGUUACAUUGGAGUUGGUUGCUGUAAAGGAUCGCAAUGCCAAACAACUGGAAGCUGAAAAGGCCCGUCUUAAGCAAAGUUCGGGUACUAACGAGAAACUCGACGUCCUUAUACAAAAGAAAAAUGAGAUCGAAGAACGGACAGAUGAUGUUCGCCAAAUGCUGCAGUACAUUUUCAAGAGUGUCUUCGUACAUCGUUACAGAGAUGUGCUGCCCGAUACCCGUUCAAUAUGCAUAACUGAGCUUGGUAACUGGAUGCUUGUUUACCCUGACCACUUUUUGGAGGAUUCGUACCUGAAGUAUAUCGGAUGGAGCUUGUAUGAUAAGGUGCCUGAUGUGAGGCUAAAAUGUAUUACUGCGCUACUCCCUUUGUACGACAAGCCUGAUGUUUUGAAUAAACUUGAGUUGUUCACAAAUAAGUUCAAAGAUAGGCUGGUUUCUAUGGUAUUGGAUAAAGACAACGAAGUUGCCAUGAAGACUUGUCAGCUGAUGACUAGCAUUUAUCGCGUUUUCCCCUCGCUUCUGCAGUUGAAGGAUUGUGUCCCCAUCUAUGAACUUGUGUAUUCAAAUCAUCGAGGAUUAGCAGUUGCCGCUGGAGAGUUUCUCAACACUAAAGUCUUCCAACAUUCUCAUCGAGGACGAGCGUCAAGCACUACCAGUUCUGGUGGUCGGAGUGGGAUGGGCGACAAUGCCAAACUCAUCCAAGAUCUGAUUCAGUUUUAUAUUGAGGGAGAGUGCCACGAUCAUGCCACAUACCUCGUGGACGCUUUGAUCGACACUAAUCCUAUGAUCAAGGAUUGGCAAACUAUGGUUGAUCUCCUGUUGAGCGAUGAAGUUGAAUCCAGCGAGUCACAACUGAUCGAGGUUUUGGUGUGCUCUGUUCGUCAAGCAGCUACUGGUGAACCUCCUGUAGGAAGAUCCGUAGUAAAGCGUGGAGCACCCUCAACCAAGGAAAGUCGAACUCUUCUUGAAGAUCGUACGAGGUUGUCCGAAGUGCUCAUCCCAGCACUGCCAAAAUUACUGCAAAAGUUUAUUGCCGAUCGUGACAAAGUUGCUAAUCUCAUCAGUCUGCCGCUUAAUUUCCAGCUGGACAUGUAUAUGGCUGGAAGACUGGAAAAUCAUCUCACUGAACUGAUGAGAGUUGUCGAUAUGAUCGUCGAAAAGCAUGCAGAUGAAGAAAUGAUGAACACUGUAGCCGAAAUGAUCACUUAUUUUUCAACAAACACUGCUGUUGCUCAGCACACCGAAACCUACAGAUUGAAGCUUAUUGAUGGUUUGGCACUACAAUUGCGACACACUGUACAAAGGUGCAUGAAUGAAGAACAAUGGGACGAAGAGGAUGAAGCAGCAAUGCUGGCCGCGUUUCGAAAAAUUACGGCGUUUGCAAGUCACAUCGAUCUCAAGAAGUGGGAUCUAUGGGAUGUUGUACUACUUGUGCUCAACAAUCAUGAUGACAAAGCGCCAAGAGACGUUAUUGACAAAUCCAUAUGGUUCCUUUUCAUUCAGCUCAAUUGGGAUUUGCUCCGACUAGUUCGGGAUCAAGAACCAAACAAAGCGGAAGCCGUGAAGAAAUUGAAGAAGAGGCGCGAUCAAUUCCUCCAUGAUGUGAACAUCAUUCUCAGCGAAGGUGCAUCAGGAGUGGAAUUGGCAUUUCAAUGUUUGAAUGAUCUUCUUAUAAUGUUCAAUGAGGAACUAAAAUCGCAUGGGCCUCACCUUGAGCCGCUGAUUGUUCGCCUUGAUAAUGAUUUCAUCAAGAAAAUGCAACUAUUUGUCAAUGAUAAUGUAUUCAUCCCUUCAUCAGAGGACACUCAGCUUGAUCAACAGCAGCAAGUUGAAUUGAUGCACAUGAAGAGAAGCUUAUUAGCACAAUAUUGCAAGAUGGUUUUACAUGGAGUAUUUCCAAUAAGAGAUGCUGCGUUUGUUUUGCGAUACUAUUGCGAGUUUUACUCUGACUUUGGUGACAUUCUCAAACAACUGCUGUACAAAUGCCGAGAUCUCAACUUCGUUGCUUGCGCGAAAGCGGUAACACGAGCACUCACAGAUGUAUACGAAUCCAUUAGGAUGAGCACUGGCCUUGAGUUUGUUGAUCCACUCUCUGAUGCUUUCCAUCAGCUGCGAGAUCUGGCUAAGAGAUUUGCUGUAGCUUUCGGUAACGACCACUUGAAAAAUCGUGAAGCUGUUGCUGUAGUUCACAGAGACGGCAUACAGUUUGCGUUAACUGGUUACGAUCCAAACCGUAAGGAGGGUACAAAUAAGCCCAUAAAUAUCACUUUUCUGGAAGUCAUCAUCGAGUUCAGCGCUAAACUGAUCCGACAAGAUAAAGCGGCUGUCAUGCGGUAUCUGGAAAAACACGGUCCUCCAGCAUUGCCAUCAUCGAAAGACCCUACAUGGGAACCCUACUUGUUAUAUAGAAACUCAUUAGUAGAAAAGCACCCCGAUGAUGUCUCUUCCGUGCGGAGUUUUUCAACAGCAUAUACGAUGAGAGGAAGAGGACGUGGUCGUGGUAGAGGGCGACUCACUCCCACACCAUCAGAAGCCUAAAUAUGCCAUGCAGUAACCCUGUGAAUGAAUCUCGUAAUCGAUGUACAUAACUGUGGCCUCGAUCUGUUUCUAUGCGUCUCAGAACUUCUGUAUUUUGGUAAUACGAUCUCUAUAGUAGUGGAAUGGACUCAUUUGUAUAUAUAGUCAUGCAACUCGUCUGUAUUGUGCUUAUACACUUUGUUAUCAGCAGGUAAUCAUGCUAUUGCCUGCCUACAUUGUUUAGAACAUGCAAUUUUUGGUCAUAGACUCUGUAACUGUCACACGACAAUCUUGUAUUCCGUGAUAUGCUUCAUAAAUAUAGAAAUGAU